AGUUGCUGACUCGUAUGCGCACACCAGUGCUACAUACAGAUCUGAGAAUAUCCCAUGACAAUAACCCGACAAAACAGAGCAUCUUGUUAUGACACGGUGGAACUAAAUCAGAGAAACCAGCAGUGAGGAAACAAUAGGCUUCUCGUCAAAAUCAACUCCUGUCUCUCGCUUUGACUGGAACUGAAGUAACUUUCCGUUGGAAGUGAGACCAUACAAUCUCGGACAUUCGUAAGUAACUUCAAGUGACACAUAGCAGAGCUCCCAGACUGAACGUGAACUAUGAAAGCCAGGGAUGACAUCACCAACGCAAACCGCAUCAUCUACACGACGGUGUUGUUUGGUGCUGCCUAUACUACGAUGUCUCAACCUUUGAUCGGAGUAACCUUACCCGACAUCCAAUGUUUGCUGGGCGUGGACCUGAAGACAUCCAGCUCCCUCCUGUUUGCCUAUGGUUUAGGUAUGUGUUGUAGUAGCCUGACAGGCCACUUCAUCAAAGACAAGAUGGAUACUUUUCUGCUCCUGGCGACAAUAUUGGUAUUGAACGCUGUGGUUAUUGCUGCUGUACCCACGUCUCCGUUCUUGUGGCUGACCAUCUUCUUGCUCCUCAUUGCUGGCUGGUGUACAGGAACAUGUGUAUUUGUGCGAACUUUACACUGCUUCGCCCUAUGGCCAAACAACGUUUUUGGUGUGUUCAUAGUACAAUCAGGAUCGUCAUUCAGUACGAUAACAUUUCCCCUCGUGUCUAAUCUCUUCAGGCACAAUCAACAGGACAUUGGUGCAGAAGAAUCAUUUGGCAAUGCGACAAGAACACACUCAAUCCCAGAGCACUGGUGCAUCGGUUUCAAUACCAACAUACAAUACCUCUACAUAAUAGUGUCAGGAUUAAGUCUUCUUGUGGCUGCAGGCGUCAUGUGUUGCUACCAAACUUUCUUAAAGGAAGGUGACUCAAUGGAAGUAAUCCCACCAAGGCACAGGAGUCCAUCAGCCAGUACAAGUCCACUGUUUGUGUGUUUAAUCUUGUGUGUUAGCUUUACCUGCUCUGUGUGUCUUGCACCCUUUCAGGAGCUCUUCGUAACCUAUGGAAUUCACACGCAGCUAAACCUGAGUCUCCGCGACGUGUCCGUAAUGUAUUCAGCCUAUUCCGUCGGCAUUUUCCUUAGCAGAAUAUGCGGUAUCUUUCUCUCAGUAAGGGUAAAACUUGACAUAAUGAUGCUAUUCUACAUCUUGCUCACCGGUGUAACAUCUGUUCUGUUCCUGAUAUUUAAGGACACUAGUAUCAUCAUGAUGUGGACAAACAGUCUUCUGUUUGCUGUCGGAAUAGGGCCCAUAUUCCCUGGCCUUCUUGCAUGGAUAAAGAAGUAUUCGGGUGGAUCAGCGAGACUUUUAAAUGCGGUUUUGCUUUUCGGCAAUGCUGGAAUUUCGAUUGGUCCCUUUAUUUGCGGCCUGAUGAUGGGUAUAUUCGGAAACGAUGCAUUUAUAUACAUCGUUUCCGGUGUAGGUUUACUUCAGUGCAUAUUGUUCGUGUAUUUGCCUUACCAUAAUUGUAAGAGGAAAGAUAUCCCGCUUGAUUGAAACUCUUUAAGCGUGCAUCAUCAAAAUAUCACGAUCCAGACGGGCACCGUGCUUU